AUGGCUACUACACAGCAUUAUGUCUGGGCCGCUGGACACUUCAUUCUGUUGAUCUCCGCGUUGAAGUAUAUCCUAGCUUGGGUAUUAUUCAAGACCCCGUCUCUUUGGUGGUACAAAGCGAGUUAUACAGGGGCUCUUGUCAGCUAUGCUAUCACUCCUCAACCGAACGCAAGCUACAUCAAAAGAGCUCUCGCUGAUGAAAACGUUCAAUACCUGCUUCUUGCUGUUUUCUGGUGGUCUUCGCGACCAGUCACUGUCUCCUUGCUCCCAUAUACGAUAUUCUCUCUCUUCCACGCGCUCACAUUCACGCGCACAACCUUGAUGCCCCAGCUCCUUCCCCAAGGUCCUCCGGCUACGCCCAACGGCCCCCCUACUCCCCACCCCUUGGCUAAGAAGUUACAGGCCUGGGUGAAGUCUAACUACGACACCGCCAUGAGGCUCGUGGCUUACACGGAAAUCAUCAUUGUGUUCCGCGUCAUCGUGGGAGCGGUGCUGUUGCAGAAUUCUCUGCUGACGCCUGUCAUUUACGUCCAUUUCGUCCGUAUGCGAUACUACCAGUCGGCGUUCACCAAGGAUGCCAUCCACCAUGCUAUCUUCAGGGUCGAUGGCUAUGUCAACAAACCAGAAACUCCAGCUGUUCUCAAGCAAGGCUGGGCCACGGCGCAAGGGUUGGUGGGCAGGUGGACGGGUGCGAGACUGCCAGCUACGCCUGCUGCUGGAGCCGCUGCCGCGAGGUGAAGGAGAAAGGUGGCUGGGGACAUCAGAUGAUAGGAAAUGUGGUGUGAUAAGUUCUCUCGCUAGCUCUUUCAUCUUGGCUAUCAGGGCGCGUCAGUGAUAAUUUGGCGUUUCUAUGAACUGUCGCUCGUCAAAUAUUCUAGAUAGGUGUGCUCCAGUCUAAAUGCUAUUCAUAUAUUCACCUGUGUC